UUUCGCAUCUCGCACUUCGCAUUUCGCACUCCGAAUCUCGCAUAAACCAAAGGAAUCUAAGGCUUCUUAUCUUCAUCUUAUGGUGCCGACUACCGGUUCUAUCGUUGCGGCAGUCGUUCCGCAUCGUUAACAUGUUGAUUUUUAGUCUAAGGGAGUGGGCAAUGAAAGCCUGGCUGGAACACGCCAAAACCAUCAGAGAUAAGGGAUCAAGAGUGCACGCACAACCGAAGUGGUUAUAAACGACCAUGUUUCUCACGGACUGCACGCCCUAGACUUGAUGUCUGGAAGUUCAGAUUUGUUCUACGCCAUAUCGAGAGACCUUCGACCAUGGCUACCACUGUGGCUCGUGAAGACGACAAAAAAGAUGUCGGUAUAGAGAAUGUUGUCUCUCCAGAGAAAGGUGAAGGUGAAGUCAUUACUUUGGCCGCACUCGGCCUCGAGGAAGAAACUAGGCGCAACAUCAGUGCCUUCGCAAUCGUCUGCGCUGCUUGGAAUAUCUGCAACUGCUGGGCAGGUGUUGCUGCCACCUCAGUUAUUGGCAUCACUCAGGGCGGUACGAUCGUCGUCCUCUAUGGCCUGAUCGUCGUAUUCGUCUUGGAUGGGGCCACUAUAUUGACCCUUGCUGAGUUGGCAAGCGUUUACCCAACUGCGGGUGGACAAUAUCACUGGACUUCGAUCUUGUCACCCCCGAGCGUGAGCAAAGGCUUGAGCUAUAUAUGCGGCGCCACCAAUAUUUUUGGCUGGAUCGCGACCUCCGCCGGAAUUGCCAUCAUUCCAGCACAGAUCACUUUUGCAAUCGUCGUCUUCUUCGAUGAAGACUAUGAAGCUUCGCGCUGGAAGGUCUUUCUUCUAUACCAAGCUUUCAACCUCUUGUUCAUGGCCAACAACAUUUACUACCUCAAAAGGUCGAUCUGGGUGCAUAACAUUGGACUACUCAUAUCUCUGGGAUUCUUCAUCAUCAUAUUCAUCUCAUGCCUCGCACUGGCUCCAACCAAGAACUCAUCCACCUUUGUCUGGUCGACCUAUGUCAAUCUCUCAAACGGCUGGCCUGACGGGCUGGUUUUCUUCUUCGGCCUCGUCAAUCCUACAUACGCGUACUCAGGAAUUGACGGAGCUCUACAUCUUGCAGAAGAAUGUGCAAACGCUGCGGUCGCUGUACCACGCGCUUUGAUGUGGACUCUACUGCUGGGCUUUCUCUCUGCAUUCCCAUUUAUGAUCGCUAUGCUAUACUGCAUUCAAGAUCUGGACGGUGUCCUGGGUACUCCGACCGGUCAACCUAUGUACGAGCUUUGGUACCAGGCGACAUCCUCCGAAGCCGCUGCCACUGUCUUCAUCUCGAUCCUGCUGCUGGGAGGAUUCUUUGCACUCAACGCCGCUCAACAGACAGCGUCCCGUCUCACAUGGGCAUUUGCGCGGGACGAUGGGCUCAUAUUCUCUCACUAUCUGAGUCGCAUACAUCCGCGCUACGAAGCUCCUGUCUGGUCGCUUCUCUUCAACGCCUUUGUCGUGUUCUUGAUGGGCUUUGUCUACCUUGGAUCCACGACAGCAUUCAAUGCUUUGAUCGGCAGUGGACUCAUCCUCCAACAGAUCACAUUCGCUAUCCCGGCAGGUCUAUUGAUGUGGCAAAAACGAUCUGCGACCUUCCUGCCAAAAACAAGGUCAUUUCGGCUUCCAGGUGUUGUCGGAUGGGUUGCAAACAUUCUGACGGUCUUGUUCGGCUUGAUCGUGCUUGUUUUCUUCGACUUUCCCACAGUCUUGCCUGUCACUGGGAGUACUAUGAAUUAUACAUGUGUGGUUUUGGGAACGAUGGCCAUAUUCGCGACCAUCAAUUGGUUUGUUCAUGCGAGGGGGAAGUACCACGGACCACGUCUUCCAAGGUCUUACGAUUAGGAGAAUAGUGGGAUAUAGUAGUCUCGGUUCGCACUGCCGUUAUGCUGGAAAUCGCCCGGGUCUACCGAAGGCCGGAUGUCCUAGAGCAUGUCAUAUCCUGAAACACCUUGGGAGUGGUGCCUUGAGGCGAAUUGGCACGAGCCGUGGUAUCAACAGUAGUCAGAUAUCGGUCCAUGCAAAUGUGCGCUCAUUAGUGUGACUUUUAGAUAUUCAAC